AUGGACGACCAACAGACACUAUUAUUUGCCGAAACUUGGAAAAUUCUCCUGCAACUAGAUUUCAUCACGGGAUCUUUUCUAUUUCACAAUUCAAAACAAAAAAAUUUCAAAGAAAAAUUUAUAAAACUUUACAUCAUCGGAAUUUGUGUCCUCACAAUUGUUUUGCUCUACGGAAUUCUGUAUUGUGAAAAAUUCAAAAAAAGUUUGGCUUACAUCAUUUUUGGUGCAAUGCUCCAAUUAUUUCUCACAAUUUUACUGUCAAUGUGGCUUUUGACGAGCAACAAAAAGGAAAUUCGUUCGUUAUUCACGUGGUGCGAGAAAAUCUAUGAAAAAUCGAGUUUUCAUCAAAAAUUAAGGAAAAUUGUGACGGAAAAAGUUACUUGGAUUCAUGAAUGGUCGAUAAAAAUUUUAAAAUACCUCCGAGUCAUCACAUAUGUUGAAUUUUUGGGCAUUUUGACGGUAAUUCCUGUGAUUGGUUACUUUUUGCCGGAUCAAAUUUAUGGAAAAUAUCAACUUCCGGUGCCGUUAUUUUUGCCCGUGAAGUCGCAAGAUAACUGGAUUGUGUUUUUAAGUACAUCCGCUUUGCAAAUUGUUCUGUUGACGGAAACUGUAACGAUGGGACAACUCAUUUGGGGAGUCGUGCUGGUUAUUUUAUUUCAUAUUUAUGGAUUUUUGGAAAUUUUGGAGGCCUCAGUUGAUCAAAUGAAGGAAGAUUUGCUAUUUUUACAUGAUUUUCGUAGAAAAAAAGACGAUUUGAGUCCAAAAAUGUGGAUUUCAAUGCUGGUCGAUAUGAUUUGUGAUGUAAAAACCACGAUAAGUCGUGUUGGUUUGAUAUUUUCAAAGUUUUUUUUGCUCUUUGAAUUUACGGCAUAUGCUUCUUUCUUCAUCGGAUCCUUUUUAAUUGUGGUAAUUCGAGAGCAGCAACUCUUUGGAUUGGCAAUUAUGUCGAAUAUCUUCACUUUUUUCGUCUUGUGCUUCAUCACAGUAACAAUUGAGGACAAAAUGUCGGCAGUUUUUGAUAAAUUUUACGACUUGCCGUGGUACAACUUGCCCGUAAAAGAGCAGAAAUUGGUGCUGCAAGCGAUGACAUGCGGAGAAAAUCACACAAAAUUCUCCUCGGGCGGCUUGCACGUAAUUGAUUUGGAACUAUUUACGGCAGUAAUGAACGCAGGAUACGGCAACUUUCUGGUUCUGAAGGAUAUCGUUGGGAAAUAA